GCUUGUAUAAUUGUUUUGUUGUCCUUUGAAAUGUGUGUUGCGCCUGUUUUCUAUUGUUUUAGUCUGACCUAGUAGACUUAUAUAAAGAGAAUAUUUAAGUAUCAUUUACUGUAUUGUUAAGAGCUUUGGCCAGUUGACUCUUUUAAGCUGGGCUCCCACUGCCGAUCAGAUCAACUCGAUCAAGCCCGAUCAAGCGAUCGGGUACUUGUCUGGGUAGGUCGGCAUGAUUGAUCGGGAGUGGUCGGGGAGGUCUACCUUGGUCGGCAUCGCUCGGGCUUUCUACCCGAAUUUUUUUGACAUGUCAAAAAAAUUCGUGUAGCGAUCGUGUAGCCAAGCGGUCGAGAAGAGCUCGGGAAGCGAUCGUGUAUUGAUCGAGUUGAAGAUCGAGUUAAUCGAGAAACAAUCGUGUAGCGAUCUUGUUUGGUCGGAUUGACAUCUUUUACCCGAUCUGUAACCGAUCUUCUCGACUUCUACUCGAGUAAUAUACGAUCGCAUCCCGAUUAAGUAGAUCUCUGUUCGAUCUCUUGUCCAGAUUAUCAAGACUGCUACCCGACUACUCCACGACCACACACGACCGCACACGAUCAAACCCCGAUCACUGUUCGACCAUACACGAGCUCACGUGACUAAAGCAAGAAAAGCGUGCUGACCAGUGUCUCAUAAGUUGUUUGGACGCUGAAGAUAUAACAUCUUUAGCAAACCAAUAUCUGUUAAAACAUCUUCAGCCAAGCCAUUUCUACUACAAACUAAAGAUGCCGAGAAAAGGCAAAAGGCCGAUAGGCAGUACAAUUGCGAGUAAAUGUGCAGUUGCUGCGCCUCAGCCUGAAAUCGUGGAACCCACCCAGGAAGAGAGUAAUGAGUCGCCUAUACCCCCUACUGACUCUUCUGCCGAGCAAACCAGAAAAGAGCAAGUAGAAGAACGUCCGACUUCUCCUGAGAUAGAGACUGAUAUCAGGCCCCGGAAGACACUACAUCGUACACUCACGCAAGAUGAAGAAGAUGACCUUGUAGCGUGGUUAAGAGAGAACUCGUUCCUCUUCGACAAAUCAUCCGCAGGAUUCAAGUAUAAGGAGAAGAAGAACAGUACAUGGGCCGCGAAAGAGGCAGAGUUGGGCCUCAAACCUGGAGACCUGUCGUCAAUCUGGUACACGAAUAUGAGAACACAGUAUUCGAAACUAAUUAAGCUUACCAACAAAUCUGGAUCUGGUGCUGGAGAGCGCACAGCAAGGCAACAGUGGAUUUUGGACAACUUUGAAUUCUUGCGCCCUUAUCUGGUACAGCUGCGAACUCAGAGGGGAUCCAAAUUUGCGGAGAAGAGAAAGGAACUUGUCUUGGAGGAGACAGAGGAUGAUGACGCCGCCUCCGAUUCGUCAGCACCCUCUACAUCAGCAGUAUCUGGUUGCCGUCCCAAAGCAGCGCGUGUACUGUCCUCAUUGACGUCCGAGUUGGAGUCCGUGCGUGGUGCCAUCACAGUUGCGCAAGAUCCAGCAGCACACACUGGCCAGUUUUUGGUGUAUUUGAUGCGCCAAAUGGACCAGCAGAGAAUGAAUGUGUUUGUCACACGUGCAACAAGGCUGGCUCUGGACCUUGCGGAGGAAAGCCAAGAGGAGAAGAGACGACUAGCCACCCAAGAGGCAGCAGGGCAUGUAGGUCAACAGAUAGCAGAUCCAGUUUUUGCCAUGCCUGUCCCUCCCGCUCCUACAUCAUCUAUAUACAGAAGACAGGCUCCCAUAUCAGCGGCUCGAGUACGACUAUGACGAUCGGGUCGGGGAAAGAUCUGACACCGAUCGAGCAGAGAUCCAGUAGGUCGAGUUGAGAUCGU